UGUAUUAGUUCUGCGAGAAAAUCGAGGAAAACGUCUACAUAUAUCUAUGACAUCCGCGUGACUUCAGUGAUCGGGUCGCGAAAAAAAUUACUCGGAAAUUGUAGCAGCCGCAUAAAUUAUUCUUGGAUUUGCGUACAAAUGUUGAGAUCGCAUUGGUGGCCGUCGUUAUGAAUGGAACACGCUUCGACGGUAGUGAAUCUGACAUUUCCUCGUGAACUUUACUCGAUAGAUUAAUUAACGUCGCAGUCGAUUUUGAGUCAUCGUGCGGUUUCUACGUAUCGUUGACGAGAUAUUUGUAAAUUCGUAACCACCUCGCUGUGCGUAGUACGUUCUCGCAACACCAGAAAUUGAGAGAAGACGACAGUACAGAGGCGCAAAUGACACACAAUGUAUGAAUGGUGUAUGCAUCGCGUUGCACAUUGCUGAUUAUGUACAUACAUCGAUAAAUUACGUCUGUUUUGAACGUGCAUGUGUACGUGUUUGCACGAGCGUUGCGAACCAACCGUACGCAGCGUUCUCGCCUGAAUGAGAACCAAGAAAAGUGCAACAGUAAAUAUUGGUAGCCUGUCCCAUGCAAUGGAGACAUUUCUGUCCAUCAUCUGAAUGUUAUGUAUAAUGAGUUGCUCAAAGGAUUUUUUGAUGGAAUAUUGAAAUUGACAGAACGGUGGAUACUUCCAAUAUUUUAAAACAUGAGACAGUGUUGCUUAAACCAUCAACUUCAGCUAUGGCUUAUGUUCCUUGUCUUUUGCGUUAUGUGCAACAAGGCAGACAUUUUAGUAUUCUCUGCGGCCGCCAGGCAUCAAAUCGAAGAGGAAUUCAGAGAUAUGCCAGCCAGAUUUGGUGGUUUGAUAUCAUCGGAGGGAAUUAAGGGUAUGGUGGUGUAUGCAGAUCCACCUACAGCAUGCCAUGAGAUACAGGGUCCUCCAAAUACUACCAAUUACAAUGGUAAUUGGAUAGCUUUAAUUGCUCGCUAUAAUUGUAGUUUUGAAAUAAAAGUUCGAAUGGCACAAAAAGCUGGAUACGAUGCUGCAAUUAUACAUAAUGUUAACAGCAAUGAGUUAGAACCAAUGUCAGCAAAAGAUCCUGUAGGAAUUUUUAUAGCAUCUGUGUUUGUCAGUGAAAUCACAGGAUUAAUUAUCAAAGAAAAUUAUUUAUACGAUGAGUUGUAUUUUGUACUUAUUAACGAUGAUACACCAUUUAAUAUUACACAUUUACUUCUACCCUUUGCUAUCGUUGUUGGAAUAUGUUUUCUAGUCAUGGUUACUUUUAUGAUUGUUAGAUGCAUCAAGGAUAGGAGGCAGCAAAGAAGGCAUAGAUUACCGAAUUCGAGUUUGAAGAAAAUUCCUACGCACAAAUAUACCAAAGGUGACCCAUACGAAACAUGUGCUAUCUGUUUAGAUGAUUACAUAGAAGGAGAAAAGCUAAGAGUUCUGCCCUGUGCUCAUGCUUACCACGCAAAGUGCAUCGACCCAUGGCUAACGAAGAAUCGCCGAGUUUGUCCAGUUUGUAAACGAAAAGUGUUUGCCGCGAAUGAACAAGUUUUUACCGACGAAAGUGAUUCAGAUGCUGACGAUACGACUCCUUUAAUUCGUGAUGGUCACCAAGGUACUCAGGGUGGAACGUUUACACAUGAACGUUUAGUGAGAGAAAAUAUUCUUGGGCGUAGCUCAAGGUCACCGACGCAGCAGCAGCAACAGCAGCAGCAGCAGCAGCAGCAGGAUACGAAUCAUUCUAGCAGCAGCUCAGAUUCCGAGCACUAUUACGAUACAUCCGAGGACGGGGCUGGCACAAGCGCCGAAGAGCAGUCAAAUACGAUUGUUUUCAUGGUUACGGACAUUUACAGUAUAAACGAUCUGUGAAACCGGUUGGACGAUUGCGAUUGGAAGCAGGGAGAGGGUUAUUAGCGAGCUGAAGAGAGCGAUGGAACGGUAGUACAAGCUUUAUGAUUUAAUGUUAGGCGAGCUAUCGGAGUUGGAGGUUUCCGGGGUCAGCACCUAACCACACAUGGUGACAUUGUAUACGGACACGGAGGAGUUUUCCAGCGAUGGUGAUCCAGGAAACAGCAAAUCGAAAUUGACCGGCGUGCCAAGAACAAAACCUUGAAUCCAAUCGCCAUGGAUUCAAAAAAAAAGGAAGAAAAGAGAGAGAGAGAAAGAGAGAGAGAGAGAGAGAGAGAGAGAGAGAGAUCACGUUUUCCCGUAAGAUACUGCUGCUAGGAGCAGCUUCGGUUACUUUCCGUAAGAUCUCUAUUGUUUGUCUUGACCGAAGUUCGAUACCGGGCCACUGGAACGUAUUAACUUUUUUAUUUAGAUCUGGCAUCGAAUGCUAGAGAACGGAAGAGCAUUUUUUUAGCACUUUGAGAGUAUCCUUUGUUCACAAGUAUUAACGGUUCAUAUCGAGCGAACGCGAGAAACAAUUUGUGAAACGGGACACAUCACUCAGAUGAUUUAUGCGAAUAUCCAUCCUUUAUCGUCGCACGUUCGUUGCUCUUCAAGCAUUUCUUUUUCACACAACUAUAUUAUGAAAGUAAAUGAAAUUCUUUUAUUUUAUUGAUACGAAUAUUAUUGUUAUCAUAAUCAGCUUAUUUUGAUUAAAGGUCGCUUAUGAACAUAUUGAAAUUGUUACUUGAUGGUUAAGACCGCUGAUAUUACUUCUCUGGGCUGUUCGACUGAGUGGCCCAAUGUUUCGAAUGAGAAGGACAACAAUGACUUUUCUCAGAAGAUAUUCGGAACGUUGCUUCACUCAGGUCCCGAUAAUUCACAGCUACUUAUGGCCUACGUAUUUUAUGUUUGCACAGAAUUUAUUUGGUCCGCAUACGUUAUUAUCUUUUCCCUUGACUAAUACAUACAGUUCUAUUUCGUUUAAGCUUACUUUGUUAGACAGUACAGAAGAAUCCUGUGUCUGCUCUCAGCUAUUCCAUAAACGCUGGACGACCAUGAUUUUGUAAAUAUUAUUUCUUGCUAUAUAUACAUAUACAUAUAACUUGCAGGAGGCCAAAAAGUGGAAGCCUCCUUAGCGCAGAGCCAGCAAAACUCUUUAACAGUAACCAAGGAAGCCGCGAAGCUUUGAGGAUAUAUACAUAUAUCCAACGUUAAACGUUAUUACAAUUUGACAGAAAUUGAAUCUGUAGAGUUAAGUUCCGCGAGUACGCCGACAAAGGGUUUUGCCGCCCAGAGACACGAUGAAUUAACGUUUUACAUUUAACAAAGAAAAAAUAUAAAAACUGAAAAAAAUAUUAAUAAAUAAUUAAAAAAUGUUUUCAUACUUCAUAAUACCAAAUCGUCGUCAAUCUUUGCAUGAAUUCUGUACAUUCAUAUGUAUAGUGUAAAAUUAGCGUUCACUGGCAUUUCUUAAUCGCAUGGAGAGGAGGGACAAAGUGUCCAGAAGCAGUUGGCGAAGUAAAUAAUCUGCAGAUUAGGUUACGGCGUUUCCACUAUGUUGUUGCUUGGUCAUUGUUAAUAUAGAUCCUUCGGGAUGAGAGAAGCGGAAAGGAAGGUUGUAUAAACUGUGUAAAUAGUAUGAGAGAUAAUAUUGUUGUGUGUGUGUAUAUAUAUAUAUGUAUAUGUAUGUAUAUUGUACAAUAUCGGAGAUAUAAUUUUUACUCGGUCACCGCGACGUGUCUGAUUCGGAAAGAAAGGAUCAGGCUUGCUAAUGUCUCAUCGUUUAACGUUAGGUGUACUGUCCAAAUAAAAAUAAAAGAUAUUUAUAUUUUGUAUUUUA